UCUCCAUUAAUGGAGAUCCUCAAAGCUUCUUCCUUCCUCUGCCUAAUUGCUCUAUUCCACCACCUCUUGUCCCAUCCAUAUCCCACGAAUGCUGCUUCUCCACGAAGUACCUACAUCAUUCACGUUCGGCUGCCGACCACCGUCGGCGCCUCCUUCGACCGCCAAAGCUGGUACAAGUCGUUCGUCACUGCAGUCACUUCGGAGUCGCAUUUGCUCUACUCUUACACCAACGUCAUGAGCGGUUUUGCUGCUCGGCUGACGGAAUCCGAGCUGGCCCUCAUGUCUCUCCUCCCUGGGUUCGUCGGCGCCCAUUGGGACCCCAAAUAUCAGUUGCUCACCACCCACACCCCUGACUUCCUCGGUUUGAACCUCCGCAAUGGCAUCUGGAACCAGUCCAACUACGGCAAGGGCAUCAUCGUCGGCCUUCUAGACACCGGCAUCUUCCCCGAUCACCCUUCCUUCAGAGACGCCGGUAUGCCGUCGCCCCCUGCCAAGUGGAAAGGCAGUUGUGAUUUCAAUGUGUCGAGUUGCAACAAUAAGCUCAUCGGCGCGCGAACAUUCCUUGCCGGUUCGUCCUCUGCACCCCCGAUCGACGAAGAGGGUCAUGGCACCCACACUGCCAGCACGGCCGCUGGCGCGUUCGUGUCGGGUGCUCAGGUACUCGGGAACGCUCUCGGAACAGCCGCAGGGAUAGCGCCCAUGGCUCACAUUGCCAUGUACAAAGUUUGCGGACCCGAAGACUGCUCAGGCAGCGAUAUAUUGGCCGCAAUGGAUGCCGCCGUGUCCGACGGAGUCGAUGUGCUCUCGCUUUCCCUCGGCGGAGCUUCUCUGCCUUUCUACGCGGACCCAAUUGCGGUGGGAGCCUACGGAGCCAUCGAGAAAGGAGUGUUUGUGAGCUGCGCUGGAGGCAACUCUGGCCCUUCGCCGAGCACACUAUCGAACGAGGCACCCUGGAUCCUAACCGUCGCGGCGAGCACCAUGGACCGGAGCAUAAGAGUCACCGUAAGUCUCGGAAACGGAAAAAUCUUCGACGGCGAGUCUCUGUACCAGCCGCAGGUGUACACCCCCACGCAAUAUCCUCUGGUGUACGCCGGCGCCCUAGGCACGACGGACGCAGCCUUCUGCGGCAACGGCUCAUUGGACGGCGUCGACGUGAAGGGAAAAAUCGUCCUCUGCGACCGCGGCGGCGGCAUUGCGAGGAUCGAGAAGGGCGCCACCGUGCAAAGCGCUGGGGGCGUUGGCAUGAUCCUGGCCAACCAAGAGCCAGACGGUUACAGCACACUCGCCGACGCUCACUUCCUCCCGGCGUCACACGUGGGUUUCGUCGACGGAGACCAGAUCAAAGCUUACAUCAACUCUACCGCCAAUCCCGCCGCCGGUUUCAGCUUCAAGGGCACAGUAGUUGGCACCUCACCGGCGCCUGCUAUCACGUCUUUCUCAUCGAGAGGUCCCAAUGCUGCAAGCCCAGGGAUUCUAAAGCCCGACGUCACCGGCCCCGGCGUGAGCGUCUUGGCCGCGUGGCCGUUCGCCGUUGGACCACCGUCGUCAAACGCCACAGAGGUGAACUUCAACAUCAUUUCGGGGACUUCCAUGUCCACCCCUCAUCUCAGCGGGAUCGCCGCCCUCAUCAAGGCUGCUCACCCGGAUUGGUCGCCAGCAGCCAUCAAGUCGGCCAUCAUGACGACCGCCACUGUUUUCGACCGGAAUGGAUCUCCGAUAUCGAACGAACAGCACCGCCCAGCCGAUCUAUUCGCGUUGGGAGCCGGCCAUGUUGACCCAGUGCGAGCCACCAAUCCUGGCCUUGUCUACGACCUCUCCGCAGAUGACUACAUCGGCUAUCUCUGCGGCUUGGGUUAUUCCAGCGUGGAGGUGACGAUGAUCGCCCGGAGGCCGGUGGUUUGCAAGCUUGUCGCUGGCAUUGCCGAAAAGGACUUGAACUAUCCUUCGAUCUCGGUGGUUCUCGGCGGCAACGGAACUAAUUACGUGACGGUGCAGAGGAAGGUGAAGAACGUGGGCUCGGCGGCCUCCAGCUACAUGGCCAUGGUGGCUGCUCCCCAAGGAGUGGAAGUUCGAGUGACGCCGAGUGUGUUACAUUUCAAGACUGUGGGCCAAGAGAUGGAGUUCCAAGUGGAGUUCAGCAACGUGGGUGGCACAGGAAAUGGAGGCUACCUGAAGUGGGUCUCGAGCAAGUACGUGGUGACCAGUCCCAUAUCGGUGACAUACCACAACUAGUUUAACUCAGACGACGAGGGUUGGUUGGUUAUCAAUAAAAUCCGAGCCAUUCAACCUGUCAGUGUUAAAGCAAUUCAGAUGCUUUUAUUUCUUCUUGAAUUUUGUCUGAGAUGACGCAAAUGCUAGUCUGCCCUAUUUUCUGUUAUAAGAUUUGUUCGUGAGCUCAUCUAUUGGUCUCGA